GCUGAGGCUGAGGCUAUUUGUUGCUGCGCCGCCACCGCCCGAACUAUGGUCCGUGCUCCACUCGGGCUCUUUUAGCAGCAGCCGCCGCCGCCGCCGCCCUGUGAUCGCUGGCUUCACUUCCUCCUUCUCUUCUUGCUGAGCCACUUUCCUCCUAGAGCUAUGACCGUCGUCUCCGUCCCACAGCGGGAGCCACUUGUCCUGGGUGGCCGUCUUGCGCCCCUGGGCUUUUCCGCCCGCGGUUACUUCGGGGCCCUGCCGAUGGUGACCACGGCCCCGCCGCCUUUACCCCGGAUCCCGGACCCCCGGGCACUUCCUCCCACCCUUUUCCUCCCUCACUUCUUAGGGGGAGACGGUCCCUGUCUGACUCCGCAGCCUCGCGCCCCAGCACCUCUGUCCAACUGUAGUCUAGCUACGGCGGGAGGCACCCCUCGGGCAGCACCAAAGAAGCGGCGGAAGAAGAGGGUGCGGGCCAGCCCGGCGGGGCAGCUGCCCAGCCGCUUCCAUCAGUACCAGCAGCACCGGCCGAGCCUCGAGGGCGGUCGGAGCCCCGCGACGGGCCCGAGCGGAGCGCAGGAAGUCCCGGACCAGGCCGCCAAUUUGGCCCCGGGUCCUGCGGCCGCAACCCAAACUGAGGAAGCGAGCCUUUUCCCUGGCCCGGUGCCGCCCGCGGUGCCCGGCCAACCCUCAUUUAGAAGAGAGGUUUUAAAAUCAAAGAUGGGAAAAUCGGAGAAAAUUGCCAUUCCCCACGGCCAGCUUGUUCAUGGUAUACACUUGUGUGAACAACCAAAGAUAAACAGACAGAAAAGCAAAUAUAACUUACCACUAACCAAGAUCACCUCUGCAAAAAGAAAUGAAAAUAACUUUUGGCAGGAUUCUGUUUCAUCUGAUAUAAUUCAGAAGCAGGAAAAAAAGCCUUUUAAAAAUACUGAGAACAUUAAAAAUAUGCAUUUGAAGAAAUCCGCAUUUCUAACUGAAGUGAACCAAAAGGAAAAUUAUGCUGGGGCAAAGUUUAGUGAUCCACCUUCUCCUAGUGUUCUUCCAAAGCCUCCUAGUCACUGGAUGGGAAGCACUAUUGAAAGUUCCAACCAAAAUAGGGAGUUGAUGGCAGUACACUUAAAAACUCUCCUAAAAGUUCAAACUUAGAUCUCAGAUUGCAGUAUGUCUGUAAAACAUUUUUUUUCCAAAAUCCCUGGACUCUUGAAAAGAAAAUUGGUACAGAAAUGGAAAUUUGCCUUGUAACAUACAAGUGCAAAGGAGUUUCAAAAAUUACAAACAACUUGUAUUAUAUUUUAUAUUUUGUAAAUACUGUAUACCAUGUAUUAUGUGUAUAUUGUUCAUACUUGAGAGGUACAUUAUAGUUUUGUUAUGAAAGUAUGUAUUUUGCCCUACCAAAUGGUAGGUGUUUUGUAUAUAUACAGUGGAGAAAUUUUAAGUGUGCUAAGGCACAUGGAAGACCGAUUUAUUUGCACAAGGUACUGAGAUUUUUUUUUAAAGAAACAGCUGUCUAAUCUCAAGGUGAAGAUCUAAAUGUGAACAGUUUACUAAUGCACUACUGAAGUUUAAAUCUGUGGCACAAUCAUUGUAAACAUGGGGUUUGUUUGUUUCUCUAAAUUGAUUUUUGCCUUCUAAUCUGUAAUUACUGGAAAACUCCUAUUCCCAUUUUUACCAAACUUAAUUUCUGGGUUUUGGUUUAUCCAUUCAAAUUUAAAAUACCUCUAAUUUUAAUGCCAACAAAAUUGGUUGUAAUCAAAUUUUUAAAUAAUAAUAUAAUUUGGCCCCCCCUUUUA